GAGCUCUUCAUCGGUCUCAGUCUCUCGAGUCCUCGACGACACAAACGCACAACAGCGGGACGAAAUGGCAGAAGAAGCUCCAGCUGCGGCCGCCGCCGCCGCGCCCAAAGCGGCCAAGAAGAAGGCGUCCAGGCCGAAGACGGUCGGUCCCAGCGUCUCCGACCUCAUCGUGAAAACCGUGGGCGCGUCCAAGGAGCGGAGCGGCGUGUCCGCUGCCGCCGUCAAGAAGGCUCUGACCGCCGGAGGAUACGAUGUGGACAAGAACAAGGCCCGCGUCAAGACCGCCAUCAAGAGCCUGGUGGCUAAGGGGACUCUGGUCCAGGUCAAGGGGAUCGGGGCCUCCGGCUCCUUCAAGGUGAGCAAGACCACCGCCGACAAACCGGCAAAGAAAGCCGCUCCUAAAGCCAAGAAGCCCGCGGCCAAGAAACCCGCAGCGGCCAAAAAGCCCAAAGCAGCGGCAGUGAAGAAAGUUGUAGCCGCUAAGAAGUCACCGAAGAAGGCCAAGAAACCCGCAGCGGCCAAGAAGGUGGCCAAGAGCCCCAAAAAGGUAGCAAAGAGCUCCAAAAAGGUGGCCAAGAGCCCCAAGAAGGUGGUGAAAAAGGCCCCCGCAGCCAAGAAAACCCCCGUGAAGAAGGUCGCUAAGCCCAAAGCCAAGAAAGCAGCACCCAAGAAGUAAACUGACCUCAGUCUGAACAACCAACGCUUCUAUAAAAGGCUCUUUUAAGAGCCACCCAAUCCUUCCUUAAAGAGUUUCCUUUAUUAAUACAGUAUAAUUAAUACUCGUGUGAGCAAAGCUGAAUCAUGUACACACAAGUUGCUGCUCUGAGGGCUGUUAAUUCUGAGAUCACCGUCAAAUUUAGUCACAAUUCAGUCGCAUUCACAGCUCUGCAAAUGUCGGUCAGUCAAGUUGAGAGAACAGAAAGUUACACACCAAGGCUUCAAUGAUGGGAUCACAGGCUCCAUGGCAUUCUGAAGCAAUAUACCAACAAAAGACAAAUUUCCCAACAGACAAAAUGUACCUGCUGUGUUCUGGAAUUUGUG